CAUAAUAGGGUGGGGAAGAAGUAGUGAUUUCAAUAAAAGAGGAACACCUGUUGCCUAUUUCAAUCAAGGAGUAGUAAUUCAGUUUCAAAUCGGAGGUCUUAGAAAUUACAAUGGCUACAAAACUUUUGUUUUCAUUUGUUCUAGGUGCAUGGAUUCUCAUUGCAGGUAUUGCUUCUCUGGCAGAUGCUGGAUUAGAAACAAAUUUUGUAGAAGAUGUCUGCUCUUACAAAAGCUAUUACAUGCUGAACCUGUAUCAUAAACCAAGUGGUAUAAUUAUGGCGGUACCUUUCAUGCGAGAAAAAGUGGGAACAAAUUUCAGAUGCAGAAUUACAUUGUUUCCAAAGAAAAGUUCAUCUGUCGUUUUAAGUAUUUACAAGUACAAUUUAGGUCCAGGCGAUAAUUUAACAAUAGAGGAUUCUGAUCAUCAUAAAAUAGCUCUCUUGGGAAAAGCAGACUUCAGAAAUGAGAAAAAAUCCAUUACUUCUGAAGGACAAAUAAUUAUUGAUUUUCAAACGUCAGAACAUAAUUCUGAAUUUCAAUUCACUUACACCCAGGUGAAUGAUUAUCCAUGCAUGGAUAAUGAAUUUCAGUGUGAUAAUAAAAAGUGCAUUCUGAAGGAAUACGCUUGUGAUGGUCAUAACCACUGUGGUGAUAACAGCGAUCAAAAGAAAUGCGUUCCCAAAGGAAAGCACGAGAUUCAUGUACCUGACAAAACGCUUGUAGAAAGAAAAUCCUCAGUACUCGUGUGGCUGAUUGCUAUCGGUGUUUGUUCUGUUUUAUUACUUAUAGUCAUAAUUGUUUUCAUUGUCGUAUUGGUACGUAAUCGGCGGAAAAAUGCUGCAGCUUCCGCCGCAGCAUCUCCAAACAACGCUAGUGUAAAUACCAACCUCCAGCCUGUUUCAUCGAAUGUGCCAGUUCAGCCGCAACAGCUAUCAGCAAACAACCUGCAAAGAGCCGCUAUUACACCUCAAGAAUCAAGUUCUAAACAAAGACCGUCAGUCUUCAGUCAAAUUCGCAGAUCCUUGAAGAGACAAAAAAACGAAAAUCCCGAUGCGUUUGCCCAAGCAGAUGACAGAAGGGAGACGUACCAGGUACCCUCGAUGUACCCAAAUUUAGAUCAAAUACCAUCUGCUCCUGAACUCAGUGGUGUUGUUAACCCAGAUUUCAAAAUUGAGGAAUGAUUUAAAUCUAUCUACUGUUUUAGAAACUCUAAACGUAACUACAGUUUUAGAAAUUGGAAAUGUAACUGCUAUUGAGAAUUCGGAAUGUAAGAAAACUGUGUUUUAUAAUUAAAUAUGAAAUUAUAUAAAUUGUA